AUGCAUGUCGGGCGUUCAGCCACCGUGACAGGUCACCGUAUCAUAUGCAAUAUGCACUCCUCUGCAGUCUCGCCGGCCGACACAUCAUACAUCGAACAGAUAGGCGGGGCUCCCAUCCGUCGCGUCAGGAUCGGUUUAGCCAUCCAAGCUCAUUAUAGCCACGAAGUACCGCAAUGUGGCAAGGCUGCCUUUGAUCUAGACUCGACCAAGUCACUACCUGACAUCUGCCAUGUGGGUAGCAGGAACGAUGGCCAGCAAUGGCGUUGUGUUCCUCGCAACUGUUUUCCGACCCCAGUAUUGGGAGGUGCCGUCGCAUGUCCGGUGCAUCGCUUUGAGAUAUUCGGUGGUCCACGUAGAACGAACCGCCCUCCAGCCACUCCGGGCCUACGGUACUCGACCAUCCGCUAUUGA